AUGGACCUUGAAAUUUUAAAUAAAACCGAUGAUGAAGAUAAUAGCAUUGAGGAAGCUGUUGAAACACAGCCAGACGCAGAGGAGGAGGAUACUCAUCAAGCCAAUGCAAUGGAUAAGAAGAAAAUGCAAGAAUCCAUGCAUGAAGCUGAUGACUUAUCCGAUGGCAUAUCAAUUAUCAGUGAAACAGAAAGUAAUGGCCGGCUAUCACCUCAUCCUUAUUUGAGAGAUCAUUUGCAAGAUUUGAAUUUGAAAUUUGCCACCAUACCAACACAGGAGGAAGAAGAUUUAAUAACAAAAUUACGCGAUGAAAGAGUUGCGCAGCGGCCUGUCAUUGUACCAAGGGCCGAGCAAAGCUUAAGACAACGUCCUGGAAGAUCUGUUGAAGAAACUACAAACGAAGACAAAGAUACCGAUAACGAUAAAAAUCAUGACAAAGCUGUACAAAUGGCAAGCUGUAAAACGGUAGCUGAAUUAACCACCAUUACACCAUUGGUAAAACGUGGUCUACAGGGAAUUUUCUAUGUAGGAGUUGCAUUAGCUUUGCUCUCUUUACUUGGCCGUUUACGCAAUCCCACCUGGAGUGCAAAUAGUCCGUCCUCUCCCGAAUUGGAACAAAAACUUAAUGAUAUGGAAUUGCAAAAUAAUUUAAUGAGAGCUGAAAUAGAUUUACUUAAUAAACAUGUAAAAUAUUUAAGUAAUUUAAAUGACCAACAACAACAACGUAGACCAGAUAAAUAUAAAGGCCAUUAUGACCAGCAACCAUCCCAUGAGGGUGGCAAAAAGUUUAAAGCAUGGUCGGGUAAUGGUGAUUCCCUUAGACCAGUUGAAAUAACCAAAGAUGAUUUGCGUAAACCAUAUAAAUGUCCCGAUGGUUCGUUCAAGGAAUUUGCUGGUAUGUGUGUUGAAAAUAAAGGCAAUCAACCAAACAUUGUGGACCAGUUCGGACAAGUUGUUGAAGAUUUCAAACAACAAUCGGAAACACUUCAGGCAUUUGAAAAAGUUGCAGAAGAUUUACACGGUCUAACCGAAAAUCCUUUUGAUCAAAUUCAACAAAUACUUAGUGAACAGCAAGAGCCGGAUAUGAAGUUGCGUCAGCAUUUGGAUAAACAGGCCAAUCAAUUUUUAAAAAAUAAACCAGUUUAUCAAAGUAAUGAACAGCAACCGACAGAAGGUCAAGCUAAUGAUCCCUUGGACCUGAAUAAAGAACCAAGUGAAGGAGAAAAGGCAGCCGAAUUUGAUAUGUCAAAGAGCUAUUGGAAAUCCAAAGGAAAACGUGACAACAAAUACCGUGCUGGCGCCGGUAGUUUUGAGGCCAAAGCCUUUGAUAAGGAUUUCAAGAAAAAUUCCUCACCCGACAAUGGCAAACCGUUUGAUGACAAACAAUCGAAAGAAAAUUAUGAAAAAUUCAAAAAUGAAGCAAGAUCUAAAUAUUAUAGCAAACAUAAGGAUGGCGAAGAUGACGAUGAUUCCAAGGAACGUUAUAAUAAACGUGAUAGAAAAGAUUCCAAGGAACAUGAUUACAAUAGGAAACGUGGUGGUGAAUACAAUCGCAAUAACAACUCCAAGGAACGUUAUCAAAAACGCGAUAACAACAACAAUUCCAAAGAAUCACGUUGGAAUCACAAGCACAGCGCUGAAGACGACAAUUCCAAGGAACGUUACAAUAAACGUUCCAAACAGCCAUCCAACUCCAAGGAACGUUUUAAUCAAGAAAAUAGCGGUAGCGGUGAAUGGCAGGAGCACUACAUGAAACAUCGUGAAGAAUUGCGCAAACAAAACGAACAGAAAUAUAGUGGAGAAAAUAAAAAUUGGUUUAUGAAACGUGGUGAUGGACGGGAGUUUAAACGUAAUGCUGAUAUACGUUAUAGAUGA